UUUCUGUAAGCUGAACAAAGCAGAGAGAAGGUAAACAAAGAAAGGAACAAGACAGAGGAACCUAUAAGGCGGAGUGGGAUGUAAAAUUGGGCACUGUACUGAAACGACAGAUAAAACUUAAAACGUUGGGCUGUGGACUGACAGCAGACAAAGGAGAGCGGUAAUGCAUAAAAGGAUAGAAACUAGAGCACAGGCAGGUAGGCUGGUGAAACUUAGCCUUCAGAAGUAGAGACAAGGCAUUGUUUUAGUUAACAACAGAAGGAUAGGUAAGGCAGACCACAGACAAACAAGGAGAGGAAGAAGGAAGAGAUCCAGAGAUAAAGACAACAUCUGGAGGUACUUGGGGGAACUUAUUUGUCCAGGAUGGAUAAAGUGGAACGUGUAAUGAAGAUGGUGAAGAGGAUGUCACCCAGAAAGAAGAGGAGAGAAGGAGGAAGAGGAGGACCGGGGGAGCUGGAGAGUCCGGACACCCUGUGUGACGAACUGUGUCGUUUCAACCUCUGCAUCUCUGACGAGGGGCCAUAUGGAAAAACCAAGGAUAUCUCUGGACCAGAACACACCAUGACUUUGAGAAGACACAGUAUACCAGAAGCUCUGCGGGGGGUGACCAUGGUGGAACUGGUGAAGAAAGAAGGUAGCACACUUGGACUAACCAUCUCAGGAGGGACCGACAAGGACGGGAAACCACGGGUAUCAAAUCUACGGCCAGGGGGGCUGGCAGCCAGGAGUGAUCAGCUUAAUGUCGGGGAUUACAUCAAGUCUGUGAACGGCAUCAAUCUGACCAAACUCAGGCAUGAAGAGAUCAUUAGUUUAUUAAAGAACGUUGGCGAGCGAGUCCUGCUAGAGGUGGAGUAUGAGCUGCCCCCUACAGCGCCAGACAGCACCUCAGGGGUUAUAUCGAAGACAAUCGACAUCUGUUUGCACAAAGAAGGAAGCAGCUUUGGUUUUGUGAUGAGAGGUGGUACACAUGAAGACUGGCACAAGUCCCGCCCCUUAGUUGUGACCUAUGUCAGGCCAGGAGGUCCUGCAGACAGAGAAGGCACACUACGUCCCGGUGAUCGCCUCCAAAGUGUGGAUGGUGUUCCUUUACACAACGCCAGCCACAAUGACGCCCUCAGUGUGUUGGCUCAGUGCGGCCAGGAAGCCCUGUUCCAGAUAGAGUAUGAUGUCACAAUAAUGGACACAUUGGCGAAUGCCUCUGGUCCCCUAUUGGUGGAAAUUGUAAAGUCACCAGGAGCAACGCUGGGCAUCACGCUGACGUCGGCCAAUCAUCGCAACAAGCAGGUCAUUGUCAUUGACCGGGUUAAGCCUGGCAGCGUGGUGGACAGAUGUGGAGCCUUGCAUCCUGGAGAUCACCUCCUGUCCAUAGACGGGACAUCGACAGAACACUGCACAGUCUUGGAGGCAACGCAGUUAUUAGCAAGCACAACUGAACUGGUCAAGUUAGAAAUCCUCCCGUCACAUCAAACAAGGCUAGCCGGGAAGCAGCACGACACAGUGAAGGUCCAGAAAUCAGACCAUCCCCACACCUGGGAUCCCUGUAUAAACUACUGUCACCCUCAAAACUCAACCCUCUGCAACACCAGUUCCACCCUCAACAAGUCGUGGACCGCAUCCAACAACAACACGAUCAACAGCCUAGACUACUGCAAGUCUCUUGUAUGUGCCAGUUUCUCUACCAGCUCUACAACCACGUCAGGCCCCAGUAGCCAGAGCUCAAACACGUUGCCGAGGCCGGCAGUUCCCAUGAGUCCCCGUAACUCGCUGCUCAAACGACGGCAGAGGAAGAAAGAGCACAAAAGUUCCUUGUCCCUAGCUUCAAGUUCUGUAGGUCCCGGUGGUCAGGUGGUCCACGUGGAGACAAGUGAGGUCGUCUUAACGGGCGAUCCCCUCAACGGCUUUGGAGUGCAGCUGCAGGGAGGAAUAUUUGCAACGGAAACACUCUCUGCACCGCCCCUCAUUCGAUUCAUAGAGCCUGACAGCUCAGCAGAGAGGUGUGGCCUGCUGCAGGUUGGAGACCGUCUUUUGUCAAUCAACGGCAUCCCCACGGAAGACGGAACCCUGGAGGAAGCCAAUCAGCUGCUCCGUGACGCUGCAUUGACCAAUAAGGUCUCGCUGGAGAUCGAGUUUGACGUAGCAGAGUCAGUGGUGCCUAGUAGCGGUACGUUCCAUGUCAAGCUGCCAAAGAAAAGAGGAGUGGAGCUGGGGCUCACCAUCAGUGCCAGCAAGAAGUCCGGGGAGCCCCUCAUCAUCUCUGACAUCAAGAAAGGCAGCAUGGCUCACAGAACAGGAACUCUGGAGCCCGGAGAUAAGCUGUUGGCGAUCGACAACAUCAGGCUGGAGAACUGCUCCAAGGAAGAUGCAGAGCACAUUCUCCAGCAGUGUGAGGAGCUGGUCAAACUAAAGAUACGCAAAGACGAGGACAACUCAGAUGAGCAGGAGACGUCGGGCAGCAUAAUCUACACUGUGGAACUGAAGCGCUACGGAGGCCCACUGGGUAUAACCAUCUCAGGCACAGAGGAGCCUUUUGACCCCAUCACUAUAUCCGGCCUAACCAAGCGAGGCCUUGCAGAGAGGACAGGCGCUAUUCAUGUAGGCGACCGGAUAUUGGCCAUCAACAGCGUCAGUCUGAAAGGGAAGCCUCUGAGCGAAGCCAUCCACCUGCUGCAGAUGGCCGGAGAGACGGUGACCCUCAAAAUUAAGAAACAGCUAGACAAUUUAGAGAAGAGCAAAGCAGCAGACGUUGAAGAUGCAACAGAGAAUGAGGUCAGCGACCCCGAGGAGGAUGACUUGACAGAUAGCCAGCAGACCAAUAAGCUGUCAGAGCUUUACUCCACGACUAUACCGAGUGUGGACUCUGCCAUGGAGUCCUGGGACGGUUCUGGACUGGACGCAGGAUACGGCAGCCAAGGUACAUACGCACAUCAAGGAGCGGGUGUCGCCCUCCACCCACAUGAGUGGCGUAGUGCAAAACAGCAACGUAGCACAACGCCACCUCCUGGAAGAAGGAAGAACUACCCGUUUAGUGAUGGGGGCUUCAGUGAGGAUGAGUGGGACAAGCCACCAGGAUUUAUUGGCCAACAACCAGACGGUAUUCUGUUGGAUCCGGAGGACAGUUUCUGGUGUCAGGCGCUGGAAGACCUGGAGACUUGCGGCCAGUCAGAACUUCUCAGAGAGAUAGAGGUUGUACAGGCUUCCAUCAUGACGGGCACAGCCAUCAGUCUGGGUGUAGAGGACGUCAACAAACCUCCAGUUGAGCCCAUCCUGAGCCACAGCAGGAUGAGUCCAUUGCGAAGGAAUUCACUCCUUCAUCAAGCAAACUUGCUGCAUCAGAAUUCCCACUUCAACCCGGGGGUUCACUUACACGACGACAUCCACCUGCACGAAGAGGCCCACAUGCAUCAAGACUCCCACUUGCUUGAGAAGACCCACUUUACCCAGGAGGCCCACCUGCAUCAUGGAGCCCACAUUCACCAAGAGACGCAAUCCCCUCUGCUGCACCACGAUCAGAAGCUCAAGGCUCCGUUAAGAGUGUCAGAGAGAACGUGGGAGUCUCGUCGGAUCAAAGAGGAGAUGCAGGGAAUUCUGUCCCCAACUCCUCUGGAGCUGCACAAAGUAACAGUGAUAAAGGACCCAGAGAGCGACGACUUUGGCUUCAGCGUGUCAGACGGCUUCCUGGAGAAAGGCGUUUAUGUCAACAUGAUUAGACCCGACGGACCAGCCGACAGAGCCGGACUGAAACCCUUCGACAGGAUCCUGCAGGUGAACCAUGUCAGAACGAGAGACUUUGACUGCUGCCUAGCGGUGCCCCUCAUCACGGAGGCUGGAGACAGACUGGAGCUGGUCAUCAGCAGAAACCCACUAGGCAGCGAAAAACCAGAGGACAACAACAACACUUUAGACGACGCCUUGGAUCUGUAACAGACACAACGUCGGCUCGAGCAGCGUUAAUGCGCGUCUUAAACUACGAACAUAUUUACUGUGACUGGCCU